CAAAAUGCUGACAUUUUUAGAGAGAGAAGGGGCGGUACUCAAGAGAGAGAGAGUGACAAACACAAGGAAAAGUUAAAAGAUAGAACAUAUAGCUACAAAAGUUGGGCGAGAGAUAAAGGGAGGAGUUGGAGAAAAGCCAAAAGGAAAGGAGUUUAUAGGGUAAUAGCUUAGAGCUCUCGAAGACCACAUGAAUAUGUGUUUAUGAUAGAACACAGCUAAAGAUUAAACCUUUUUCGAGAGCGAGAAGGAAUAUAUUGGUGAUUCUUGCCAUAGAUCGAUUCUUACCCGGGCCUGAAAGGGAAAAAUCAGAAUAAUUGCCCAAAAAGUUAUUAUAAUCUUGGCCCAAUAUUGUUUAUAUUUGAUUGAGCAUUCUCUGUCAAGAUUCAAUUUUGAAGGGUUUUGAAAAUUUUUCCCACCUAUGAACGACGGCACCACAAAAUCAGCGGCGGCGGCGGCGGCGACGCCACCAGCUGAGGAGCUGCUGAAGAAGAUCCACGAGCUGGAAUUGGGCCACGCCCACCUGAAGCAGGAAAUGUCGAAGCUCAUGACUUCGUCCACGGCCGAGAUAAAGGCCGCCGAUCGGCAGCAGAGGCAGAGGUCUCACUCCAUCUCGCCGCAGAGAGCGCCGCGCCGGCGGGCCAACGGUGGGGACGGCGGCGCCUUGGCGGCGUGGAGGAGAGGCUCCAUGUCAUUCCGCCACUCUUCGCCUUUGCAGAGAGAGAGUCGUAAUAGCGAGCCACCGAGGGUUGGCAGUGGCGGUGGGGUUAAGUUCACCGAUAAACAGUAUUUGAAUAUAUUGCAGUCGAUGGGGCAAUCGGUGCAUAUAUUUGAUCUGAAUUGCCGGAUAAUAUACUGGAAUAAAACAGCAGAAAAUCUUUAUGGAUAUUCAGCCUCUGAGGCUCUAGGGCAAGAUGCCAUCAAGCUCCUAACCGACCCUCGAGAUUUUUCUGUGGCCAAUGACAUUGUUCGUCGUGUAACAAUGGGCGAAAGCUGGACGGGUCAAUUUCCAGUGAGGAACAAAAGAGGGGAAAGGUUUAUGGCAAUCGCGACCAAUACGCCUUUCUAUGACGAUGAUGGAACUCUAGUCGGGAUUAUAUGCGUCUCUAACGAUUCCAAGCCUUUCCAAGAAGCAAAGCCUGUGGUAUCAGUUUCAAAGGAAUCGGAAAAUAUUGAGUCGUCGAGUUUAAGUAGGAACAUAAGCAUUGCCUCAUCCGCUCUUGGGCUCGAUCCUCAACAGCCUCUACAAGUGGCAAUCACGUCAAAAAUAUCGAAUUUGGCUUCUAAAGUGAGCAGCAAAGUGAAGUCCAAAAUGAAGCACACCGAAAAUUACUCGGAUCACGAAGGCGGCAGUGGGGACAGCCAGCUGUCGGACAGCGGCGCCAGCACUCCAAGAGGAGGGGACACACAUCCCACCCCUUUUGGAGUCUUUUCAGGUGGGUCCCACAAAGAGAUCUCUCCUGGAAAACACUCGAGCGAUGAGAGCGAACAGAAACCUGGGAUUUCGAAAAUUCUUACAAAGGCGGAGGCUUUGAUCGGGAAAACGCACCUUUCGUGGCCGUGGAGAGGGAACGAACGUUUUGGGUGGACUUGGUUGAACAGUGAACAAGAAAAUGAGACAAAUCGUGCGACUAAUACUGAGGGGUCUUCGUCGGUUAAUGUUAAUAGUUCGAGCAGUGCUAGUAGUUGCGGGAGCACUUCAAGUAGUGUGGUUAAUAGAGUCGAUUUGGAUUCGGAUUGCCUGGAUUAUGAGAUUUUGUGGGAGGAUUUGACUAUUGGGGAACAAAUUGGGCAAGGUUCAUGUGGGACUGUGUAUCAUGCUCUGUGGUAUGGAUCAGAUGUCGCUGUCAAGGUAUUCUCGAAACAAGAGUAUUCUGAUGAUGUGAUAUAUUCCUUCAGACAGGAGGUGUCACUUAUGAAGAGACUGAGGCACCCAAAUAUUCUCCUAUUCAUGGGUGCAGUUACUUCUCCUCAACGUCUUUGCAUUGUAACGGAGUUUCUUCCAAGGGGCAGUUUGUUCCGGUUAUUGCAGAAAAAUGGAUCAAAAUUGGAGUGGAGAAGGCGUGUUCAUAUGGCUUUGGAUAUAGCACGAGGCAUGAAUUAUCUUCACCAUUACAACCCGCCUAUCGUUCACCGUGAUUUGAAGUCUUCAAAUCUUCUCGUUGACAAGAAUUGGACUGUUAAGGUUGGAGACUUUGGUCUUUCGCGUCUUAAACACGAAACCUAUUUGACAACAAAGACGGGCAGAGGAACGCCUCAGUGGAUGGCUCCAGAAGUUCUUCGUAAUGAACCGUCAGAUGAGAAGGCCGAUAUAUAUAGCUUCGGGGUGAUACUAUGGGAACUUGCAACGCAUAAGAUUCCUUGGGAGACCCUCAAUGCAGUGCAGGUGAUUGGAACUGUGGGUUUCAUGAAUCAACGGUUGGAUUUACCAGGAGAUGUUGACCCACAAUGGAAUUCAGUUAUAGAGAGCUGCUGGCAUAGUGAACCACAGUGUCGUCCGUCAUUCCAAGAAUUAGUCGAAAAGCUAAAAGAGCUGCACAAAAAAUUUGCUAUUCAGCAUCAAGCUGGACGUGCUGGCCAGAAAGAGCUGUAGGUACAACAUAGAUUGUGUUCGUGUUUUGUCUGAGUACACAAUCGGCGUUAGUAGUUUGUGGAUAAGAGAUUGCUUGUGUUUUCGAAAUAGAAGGUAUUGGACAAGUUAUUGGUUCAUAAUUUUUAAUCAGUGCUAUAUUUAGGGCAUCAUCGAUCAAAAUGUACGUGCAGAUGUUGAAUCAAAACUACGUUACAGUUUGUCGUGGUAUCUACGGUUUGGUAGUGUUGUGUGAAGCUAAGAUAUGUACAUUUUGUGAAUGCAAGUGGUAAAAAUUUAUUUCCUUUUGUUCUGCAA